CAAAAAAAAAAAAGUACCCAUUGUCAAUGGCUUCUCAUAUUCCAUUUUGUUAUGCUCUUUCAUCUGUCUUCUUAACUGGGUUCUCUAUUCCUUGUAGGAGAAGUGUCUCUAAUCUUCUUCGCAGUGGGUUUCGUGAAAGUUUGGACCAAUUUAUACAGUCGUAUGUGGAAAGGCAAGCCGAAGCUCCAAUCGACUGGGAUCUGCACAGGAACUUACCCACUCCAACUCCUGCUUCACCUGAGCAGGAUCGGGAGGAACAGAGGGAUGAACAGAAUGGGGAUCAGAAUGAUGACAUGGGCAGACCUUCAUUGGCACUACCAUCCCCUCCGGUGCCCCCUCCACAGCCUCUUUGGCAUCAGGCUUUACAUCAUUCUAGUUGGUCUCGACAGAGCAUGCGCCGCUCAGAUCUUGAGUGGGGGAUGAUUAAUGAUCUGAGAGUGGAUAUGGCAAGGCUUCAGCAGGGCAUGAACCACAUGCAGAGGAUGUUAGAGGCCUGCAUGGACAUGCAACUGGAGUUGCAACGCUCCGCUGGACAGGAGGUCUCUGCAGCUCUGAAUUGAUCAACUGGUGGACAGGGGAUGGCGGAGACAUCAGAGGAUGGAUCCAGAUGGGUUCAUGUUCAGAAGGGAACUUGUUGUGUAUGCUGUGACAGCCAUGUUGAUUCUCUUUUGUACAGGUAAACUUGCUUGUUUGUUUGACUAUUGAUAUGUAUGUACAUGGAUAUACAUACUCAAAAACACAACAAUAAUCCUAAGCUUUAAUCUCACUAGGCAGGUUUGGCUUGAUAAAUUGAUAAAUACUAGACUUUCAUGUGUCUCUAUCUAUGCCUACAUAUAUAUAUGCUUCUGCAAGGAAACUGCUUAAAACAAUAGGUUACUUGCAGGAUAGGGAUUGGGAGUCUUUCUGGGACAUGGUUUAGUGGGGUUGCUUUGUCAUCUUAAGAUUUGUUUAUCACAUGUUGUCUUGUUCCCUAAGGAAACGCUUGUCAACUCCUCUAUUAUGGGUCAUCUAUGGUGACAAAAUCUAGCCAAGAUUUAAUUUAGUUGAUAAAGCAAGCUACUGUGACAUUAAACUUUUAACCAAAUGGUGGUUGGUUGGUUAUAUAGAUAACCAAUGUUUUGAAAAAGGCUCUGUUCAUAACUCAAAUUUGUGAUCUUCCGUUUAUAUUAUCAUAGCCACCAAGAAGAAUAGAAUAGUGCUACUGCUUUUAGCUCAUUUUCAUUGGACGAAACUGGAUAAUGAUAUUAUUAUUUUUCAUAUUGACAGCAUAUC